CAAGACACCAAGAACACACACACACACACAGAGAGAGACUGGGACCAGAGGACAGAGAUACCAGCCUUGGGUUUUCGGGGAGGAAGAUAACUGAGCAGUGAUAUCACAUUUACCGGAGGCACAAAGUGGAGACUAAAGCGGCCGAGCACCGUGUCUCUGUCGGUGGGAACGGAGCCAGUCCGGGAACACACAAAUGUGAGCGACGCGCACGGACACGACUCAGGUGCAGAGAAACCAAACUGGCGGCGCACUUAGGAUGCAGAAGUCACCCGUGGAAGAUGCCAACUUCUUCUCCAAAUUUUUCUUCUGGUGGACGACACCGCUGCUGAGGAAGGGCUUCAGGAAGAAGUUGGAGCUGACAGAUGUGUACAAGGCUCCUUCAUUUGAUCUGGCAGAUAACCUCUCUGAGAGACUCGAAAGAGAAUGGGACAGAGAGGUGGUGUCAGCCAAGAACAAGCCCAAGCUGAUGCGAGCACUGGCCCGCUGCUUCUUCGGCCCUUUUGCCUUCUUUGGCAUCCUCCUCUACCUCGGGGAGGCUUCCAAGGCAGUGCAGCCUCAGCUUUUGGGUCGUAUCAUUGCCUCCUUUGACCCGUUCCAUGCUCCAGAGCGGAGCCAGGGAUACUUCUUGGCCCUGGGCCUCUGCCUCCUCUUCACCGCCCGCUUCCUCCUGCUGCAGCCUGCCAUCUUUGGCCUGCAUCACCUGGGCAUGCAGAUCCGCAUCGCCCUCUUCAGUCUUAUAUACAAGAAGACCCUGAAGUUAUCCAGCCGAGUCUUGGAUAAGAUCAGCACCGGUCAGCUGGUCAGUCUGAUGUCUGCCCACCUCAACAAGCUGGAUGAGAGCCUGGGUCUGGCCCACUUUGUAUGGAUCACCCCCCUGCAGUGUAUACUGUGCGUGGGUCUGAUAUGGGAACUGAUCGAGGUGAACGGCUUCUGCGCCCUGGCAGCUCUGACCCUGCUGGGCAUCAUCCAGGCCUGGCUCUCACAGAAGAUGGGACCUCACCGGAUGAAGCGAGCAGGGAUGAUCAGCCGCCGCCUGGCUCUCACCUCAGAGAUUGUGGAGAACAUCCACUCUGUGAAGGCGUAUGGCUGGGAGGAGGUGAUGGAGACCAUCAUCAAGAACAUCAGGCAGGAUGAGAUGACACUGACGAGGAAGAUUGGUUCUCUGCGUUACUUCUACAGCGCCGCGUACUUCUUCUCCGCCAUCUUGGUCAUCGUGUCAGCCAUUGUGCCUCACGCGCUCAGUAAAGGCAUCAUCCUGCGUCGAAUCUUCACCACAGCCUCCUACUGCAUGGUUCUGCGAAUGACGCUGACCCGCCAGUUGCCGGGAUCCAUCCAGAUGUGGUACGACACCCUGGCACUGGUCUCGAAGAUCGAGGAAUUCUUGAUGAAGGAAGAAUACAGAGUGCUGGAGUACAACCUGACCACUACUGAAGUGGAACUGGUCAACGUGUCUGCGUCCUGGGAUGAGGGCAUUGGUGAGCUGUUUGAGAAGAUCAAGCAGGAGAGCAAAGCAAAUGGACACCCGAACGGUGACGCCGGCCUGUUCUUCACCAACCUCUACGUCACACCUGUCCUCAAAAACAUCAGCCUGUACCUGGAGAAGGGCAAGAUGCUGGCAGUGGCUGGAUCCACUGGCUCAGGGAAGAGUUCCCUGCUCAUGAUGAUCCUUGGAGAGCUGGUGCCGUCAGAGGGUAAAAUCAGGCACAGCGGUCGCAUCUCCUUCUCACCACAGACUUCCUGGAUCAUGCCGGGGACAAUCCGUGACAACAUCCUGUUUGGCCUGACCUAUGACGAGUACCGCUACACCUCCGUCAUCAAGGCCUGCCAGCUGGAAGAGGACUUUGCCUUGCUGCCUGAGAAAGACAAGACUCUUCUCAUCGAAGGAGGGGUUACCCUCAGCGGCGGUCAAAGGGCUCGCCUCGGCCUGGCCAGAGCUGUGUACAAAGAUGCCGACCUCUACCUGCUGGAUGCACCCUUCACCCACCUGGACAUCGUGACAGAGAAAGAGAUCUUUGAGAAAUGCGUCUGUAAACUUAUGGCCUCCAAGACUCGUAUUGUGGUCACCAGCAAGUUGGAGCAUCUCAAGCGUGCAGACAAAAUCCUUCUGCUGCACAACGGUGACUGCUACUUCUACGGCACCUUCUCAGAGCUGCAGGCCCAGCGGCCCGACUUCAGCUCCCUCCUCCUCGGCCUCGAAGCUUACGACAACAUCAACGCAGAGCGACGCAGCUCCAUUCUCACAGAAACUCUCCGCAGGGUCUCUGUCGAUGAAACUGCCGGCUUCCGAGGACCAGAGCCGAUUCGACAGUCGUUCCGCCAGGCGCCACCUCCGAUAAUCGUUUCUGGAUCUCAAGGACAUCCUGUAGGUGAUGGCUACCCAGAGAAACGCAAACAGUCACUCAUCCUUAGUCCCCUGGCAGCUGCCCGCAAGUUCUCCUUCAUUGGGAACUCCCAACAGACUUCAAAUACACCCCAGUCCACGGCGAUAGAGGACGGGGUUCGUGAACUUUCAGAGAGAAAAUUCUCUGUCGUACCCGAGGAUGAUCAAGUAGAGGAGGUGCUCCCCAGGGGUAACCUGUACCACCACGGGCUGCAGCAUCUCAACGGGCAGAGGCGCCAGUCUGUCCUGGCAUUCAUCACCAACUCUCAUGGCCAAGAGCGGAGGGACCAGAUGCAGUCGUCCUUCAGACGAAAGCUGUCCAUCACACCGCAGUGUGACCUGGCAUCUGAGCUGGACAUUUACGCCCGUCGCUUAUCCAAGGACAGCGUUUAUGACAUUAGUGAGGAAGUGGAUGAAGAGGACAUGGAGCAAUGCUUCGCAGAUGAACGCGAGAACAUCUUUGAAACUACCUCAUGGAGCACCUACCUACGCUACGUCACCACCAAUAGGAGCUUAGUCUACGUCCUCAUUUUCAUCGUCUUUGUCUUCGUCAUUGAGGUUGCUGGGUCAGUCAUAGGCAUUUUCCUCAUUACUGACACGAUCUGGAGGGACAGCACAAACCCUUCAUCACCCAACUACAUCAGUGAGCAGCAUCCCAACGCCUCGUCGCCCCCCGUCCACCUGGCAGUCAUCGUCACACCGACCAGCGCUUACUACAUCAUCUAUAUCUAUGUGGCCACAUCGGAGAGCGUGCUGGCCUUGGGAUUCUUCAGGGGUCUCCCACUAGUGCAUACGUUACUUACUGUGUCCAAAAGACUGCACGAACAGAUGCUUACCUCUGUGCUGCGAGCCCCCAUGGCUUUGCUCAACACUAUGAAGACAGGACGGAUCAUGAACAGAUUCACCAAGGACAUGGCCACCAUAGAUGACAUGUUGCCUCUGGUGCUGUUUGACCUCAUACAGCUGACAUUGAUUGUUACGGGCGCCAUCUUCACGGUGUCCAUCAUGCGGCCGUACAUCUUUAUCGCUGCCAUCCCAUUGGCUGUCAUCUUUGUUAUCCUCAGGAAGUACUUCCUACGAACAGGACAGCAACUCAAACUGCUGGAGGCUGAAGCUCGUAGCCCCAUCUUCUCCCACCUCAUCAUCUCGCUGAAGGGUUUAUGGACAAUUCGGGCGUUUGGGCGUCAGACCUACUUCGAAAUGCUCUUCCACAAGACGUUGAACACUCACACGGCCACCUGGUUCCACUACCUGGCCACACUACGAUGGUUCCUCUUCCGCUGCGACAUGAUCUUCGUCCUGUUUUUCACCGCUGCCGCCUUCAUCGCUGUGGGAACCAACCAGGACAAACCAGGGGAGGUUGGCAUCAUCGUGGCCCUAGCCAUGCUCAUCCUGGGGACUUUCCAAUGGGCUGUCAUCACCAGCAUCACUGUAGACGGACUGAUGCGUUCAGUAGAUCGGGUGUUCAAAUUCAUAGACCUGCCGUCAGAGGAGCCGCUGCCGGGGAAAUCCGGUGGUAAAGGAGGCCCCGACCUCGUCAUCGACAACCCUCAUGCUCAUGACUGCUGGCCCAACCGUGGGCAGAUGGACGUGCAGGGCCUCACAGUCAAAUACACAGAGGCUGGACGGGCCGUCCUCAGCGACAUCUCCUUCUCUGUGGACGGGGGGCAGAGUGUGGGUCUGCUGGGUCGAACAGGUUCAGGGAAGAGCACCCUCCUGUCCGCCCUGCUGCGUCUCGCCUCCACGGAUGGAGAAAUCUCUAUUGACGGUGUCUCCUGGAACUCAGUCUCCCUGCACACCUGGAGGAAGGCCUUCGGGGUGGUGCCUCAGAGAGUCUUUAUUCUGACCGGGACUUUCCGGAUGAACCUGGACCCACAUGGACGUUACAGCGAUGAGGAUCUGUGGAGGGUGGCCGAGGAGGUGGGUCUCAAGUCAGUGAUCGAGCAGUUUCCAGACAAGCUGGACUUUCAGCUGGAGGACGGAGGCAACGUUUUGAGCAACGGACACAAACAGCUGCUGUGUCUCGCACGCUCCAUCCUCAGCAAGGCCCGCAUCCUGCUGCUGGACGAACCCUCCGCCUACCUCGACCCCAUAACGUUACAGGUCCUGAGGAAGACGCUGAAGCAGUCGUUCUCCAACUGCACUGUCAUCCUAUCAGAACACAGAGUAGAGCCGCUGCUCGAGUGUCAAUCAUUCCUGAUAAUCGAGGGCAGCUCCAUGAAAAGCUACGACUCCAUCCAGAAACUUAUGAACGAGACGAGUCACCUGAAACAGGCCAUGAGCCCCUCCGACCGGCUCCGCCUCUUCCCGACACUUCACCGCCUCAACUCCAGCAAGAGGGCGGCACCACAGACCGCCAAGAUCUCGUCCCUGCCGGAGGAAGCCGAGGACGAAGUCCACGACACUCGACUCUAACCGGCCAGACACACACACACACACACACACACACACACACACACACACACACACACGUGUUGAGUCACAGUGACAAAUAGUAAUCAUGUUUUUGAGCCAUUUUUCCCCAAAUUAUCUGUGAAACAGCAUUUUAGUCAUGAUGGGACAUUAAAACUCUCCAACUCUCCAAAGUUAUCAUAGCAAGAAAUUUUACACCAAAUGCUAACAGAUGUUUAAGUCAGGUCUUCAUCAUAUUGUCAGUUCACAAAAUCAGCUCAGUUAAACUUGAUUUUUAAUCAAGACCAAUAAUUAGGACUAAUGGAUGCAGUUCUUUGCAUACACUUACAGUGUGUGGUGCAAAAUACAAACUUCUCACGCACUACUGUCACAGAAUGAGGUUAAUUUAUUUACAGAAUUUUACACUAAUAUGCAAGUGAUAGAGGAAGUUUUGCACACAUGUAAUAAAAAAAAUAUGUUUGUAUGCUAACAGCCGUGUGUAUAAAUCUUAGAGUUAAAUUCUGCAUGAAAAUGAAUCUGGUGUAUGAGAAAUGAAACUUUAUAUUACAAGUGUGCGAAACGGAAGAGCCAAACUAUGAGUUGACCGCUGACCAGCACAGUACAACAACAGCUGCAAGUCAAGAGAAGUUAUUUGUAAAAGCAUUCUCACGUGGGUGAAUUGGAAUUUUUUUAAAAAUCAGGCUGUGUAACAGCUGCAAAAAGUGCACAAACCUGUAGGUUCCCCUGUUGAAGCUGUCACUGAAUUAGAAACCAGCAAGUGUAGGUGCAGCAGGUAGAGCUCUGAGUCGAUAAAAAUCCUCCAUGUAAAAGUGUUGUGUGCCACCGACGUGUAAAUUAAGCACAUAACACGCCUGAAGAACCGGACACGUUAUUGUUGAACUACUUCAAGUGCCUUGGCAGUCAAACAGGUGCCUCUAGGUGCAGGACAAACUGUGCGAGGGCUCCUACAGUUCAAAUGAUCCUCAUAUGUUCUCUCCUGCUUUGAAAAAGUAUGAACCACAUCACAGUCUUUUUUACAUAAUUGUUUAAAUAGCAUUUCCGUUGGUUUGAACCAAAGCAUUCCUCUCUAAGAAAACGGUUUUUACUGGAGCUCUCAGUGUCUUGAGCUGGUUAAAACUCAGACUCACCUGACACACAGAGGCAGCCGCUGUAGAAGUCUGAAGCCUUGAAUGCAUCUUGAAUGAGGUGUGAUCAGAUCGAAGCUUUUCUCUGUAAAACCGACUGCAAGAGCUCAGAAAAGGAUGUUAUAUCAUCAUCAAGCACCUGAUGCAAUCAGCUUCAGGCAGCUAACAGGAAAUAACAAUGCAGACAAUAAUGCACAUAUAAAAUGUUUGUGACUUCUCUGCUCGGUCUGUCCUGUUCAUAUGUCCUGUGAGAUAAAGAGAUCAGAGCUCUGUGAAACGGUUCUUCUCUAUUUUUAUGGCUCAGAGCAGCUGCAUGUAAGAACGAGACUUCUACAGUGGCUCCACACGUAUCGUGAGGAAGCAUCUUCCAAAUAUUUCCUUCAGUAUCUUUGGUUUGUGAGUCUGACCCAGCAGCAGCUUCACCGCUGUUGAUGUACACAGUGACGCUACUAACGCGUGAUGACUCAGAAACCUUUAUUUUUCUGUCUGUAUGCACUUUAGAGACGCCCCGAGGUACUCACCAGCUUCCACAGCACGGAAACAGGCAGAUGAUUCAAAGUUAUCCAUUAAGUGUUGAUGUAGAUUUGCUGUUUGAUAACAAAUUAAGCUUUUUACUUUCUCUGCUCAGCCUCUAUUACUUGAUGAAUUAUAGAUAAUUCAUCAAAAAAAGAAAAAAAAAAAACAUUUUCUUUAUUUGAAAUAAAGUCUAUUUUUUUCAGAGCCACAGCUGUACAAACGCAAAGCAAACAUUUAGCAGUUUUUUUUUUUCAGGUUGUAUCUGUUGCUUCCCUCUGAAACUGGAAACCAUUUCAACUCCUCUAACAUCAUUAUAUUUUCUUCUUUGGUUGAGGGAAGAGUGUUGCUCCUUUCGUACUGAAUAAUAGUUUUGUAUAGCAGCGAUGCAAAAAAAUGAUGGUACCAAGGAAAAAUGCCUUGAUAAUGUUAACUGUGACAACAGAUUUUUUUUUUUUUUUUUUUACAGUGUAAAUUAAGAACAAAGCCGUUUCUUACACAUAGGAAGAGGACUCAGAUGUCCACAAAAAUGUAUAAAUGUAUUUGUUCAAUCAGCUAUA